AUGUCCUUUGAGAAAUUAGAUUUCGACGAAGGAAAAGGCUCAGACCUUUUAUCGUCUUUGCUCACUCUGAAUAAAGACACAUCGUCUGAGGCACUAGCAGAGAAAAUUUUCAUGGAAGAGCUUACGGCACAAAUGGCAGAAAAUCCACAGGCAAUGACCGCGCUUGCUGAACAGCUUUCUCCACCGAACGCAGAGUAUAAAAUGGUCCAAGUGAAACCUACGCCGGGAUUCGUGGCAAAAACUCAUACGACAAAAAAUUGCAAGCAAUAUCAAAACAUGAAAAUUUUGAUCAACAUUUGUCAUUCGGACGUAAUUCCUCGUCCCCCUACCGUAAGUGAAGACGAAAUACGUAAAGCUAUGAAUGCAGAAGAGGAUGCAAUGUAUAAUGUCCCGCUUGUCUUGAGUGACUUGCGACAGGAUACGGAUAAAGUUCAAAACGAGUGUCUCGUGUGUGAUGCUAUGAUACAUUCAGAUCCAUAUAAAAGAACAAUCGAAGAUUCAGAUUUCAAACUAUAUAUAACUGAAUUGGCAGUGGAAUUGAUCGAGGAUAAUCAUAAGUUACAGUUGAGUCGAGAAUUUUCAUUUCCAAAGAUUCAUUAUAAAGGCAAAACAGAACAUAGAUUAGUUCAACUUCCGAAAGAAAGACCAUCAUUAAUAGCCGAAAUACCCACUUGUCCACAAACAGCAACAGGCACUGUUAAAACUGUUAAAGCACAAAUUCAAAAACCAGAGUAUAUAAUUGCCGAGGAUCAUAAAGACAAUGAAAGUUAUAUUAUAAUUGCUAUUGAAAUACCAUUAAUGGGUUCACAAUCAAUCAAUGCAAUAACGUUGGAUAUAGAAUCAACGCGUCUCCUUUUUAAUUUACCGGGAAAAUAUUCUCUAGACAUUAAUUUACCUAAUAAGAUAGAUAUUACAACGGCUAUCGCGAAAUUUAUUAGACCAAAGAAAAGAUUAGUAAUAAAAGCA